AUGAAUCCAUAUAAGACGCCAUUUUCUCUCUCUCUUUUUCGCUCACUCUCACUCUUUCUCUCAUUCUACUUCUCUCUUUGUUUCUGUCUCUCUCUCUCUGUUUCUAUCUGUUUCUUUCUCUCUUUCUCUUUCUUCUCUUUCUCCGUCUUUCUCUCUGCUUCUCUCUCUCUCUCUCUCUCUCUCUCUAUUACUUCUCUCUAUUUCUCUCGUUUUCCCUCUGUUUCUGUUUCUCUCUUUGUUUCAUGUUCUCUCUUUCUCUCUCUCUCUUCUCUUUCUCCGUCUUUCUCUCUGCUUCUCUCUCUCUCUCUCUAUUACUGUUUUCCACUCUCUCUCUCUAUGUUUCUGGCUCUAUCUCUCUUUCUCUCUUUUGUUCUCUCUUUCUUUCUCUCUUUUCUCUCUCUCUUCUCUUUCUCCGUCUUUCUCACUGUUUCUCUCUGUCUAUUGCUGUUUUUCUUUUGGCCUCUCUGUCUCUAUCUAUCUCUUUUUCUCUCUGUUUCCUUUUCUCUCUCUGUUUCAUGUUCUUUCUCUCUCUCUCUCUCUCUCUCUGUGUGUUUCUCUAAUUCUUCCCCUCUCUUUGUCGCUGCUUCUUUUUCUCGCACACAUUCAAUACUUCUCUCUUUUUUCAUUUCUCUCUUUCUCCGUUUCUCUCUCUCUCUGCUUUUUUCACUCUCUUUCUGUUUUUCUCUUUCUUUUUGUUCAUCUCUCUCUCAGUUUCUCUCUCUCCCUCUCCCCUUUCUCUCCUCUCUCUCUCUCUUUCUCUCAUACACACACACAAAAUAG